CGUUCAAAUUGUACUAAUGAGGACGCCGUAGUAACUCCGGAAGUUCUGGUAUGUGGCUAAAAACUAUGCUAAAAACAAGUUAGCAAGCUACGGGCGUAUUUUUGUUCAGCUGUGGGCUUUGCGUCAGGGUUGUCUUCGGAGAAUGUUGCCAUUUAUCACAUCAUCGUUUGACUAACACUUAGUUGUUGAUUCCAUCUGCUGGCUUUGUCCCAGUGUAUAAAUAAUACCCAAGUAGGCUAAUUGGCUAUUGGUGGGGAAAGCAGCUGCAGCAUAAUGUCUAGAAAACAGACUGCCAAGCCGGUGAGGGGAAACAGGAAGUACGACCUGGAGAGGAAGCGCGACGAGCGUGCGGCCCGCCGAGCUCUGGCCAAAGACCGAAAGAACCGGCCGGCCGGAGCGGACGAGGGUGAGGAGUUCGUCAGCUUCUCCAACCAGCUCCAAGCCCUGGGCCUGAAGCUGAGGGAGGUGCCUGGGGAUGGGAACUGCCUGUUCCGUGCCCUUGGGGACCAGCUGGAGGGCCACUCGCGAGGUCACCUGCGGCUGCGUCAGGAGACCGUACAGUACAUGAGCGAGCACCGGCAGGACUUUGAGCCCUUUGUGGAGGACGAAGUGCCCUUCACGCAACACUUGUCAAACCUGUCUGAGCCGGGGAUGUUUGCAGGGAACGACGCCAUCGUGGCCUUCGCACGCAGCCAGCAGGUCAAAGUGGUGAUCCAUCAGCUCAACAAUCCACUGUGGGAGAUAAACGGAUCGGAGAAGCAGGUUUGUCGAGAACUUCACAUUGCCUACCGUUACGGUGACCAUUAUGACAGUGUCAGACACAUUGGAGACAAUUCUGAAAGCCCAUCUCAUCUACGGAUUGAGAACCUGAACAAGUCACGUAGGCAGCGUGAGUUUGGAGACGGCCAGAGAGAGCAGCAGGAGCAGCACCCGGUCCGGCCCACCUCCCCCUCUCCCUCCCCUUCCGAGGAUGAAGAUGUGAUCCUCCGCUCCCUCAGAAGUGCCAGUGCCAACGGUCAAGGAGAGAAUCUGUGUCACUCAAGUGCCGCCACGCAGUCAAGCCACCAUGCAGAGUGGCUGGAGCCCGAUCUCAGGAACCAAAGCUGCCACCACCACGCCCACUGUGAGGAGUCGGGAACGGGGAGCGAGGCGCACCAGCCUGCCUGCCAGUGCAUGGCCGCCCCCGCCGGGAGCUGCAGUGGCACCAAGCCCACACCAGAGGGCAGCACUGUGCACAAAGCCAAGGUCUCGAACAAGCAAAGGAAGGAGCAGCAGCGUCAGGAGAAGAAGAAGAGGCAGGAGGAGCGGCAUCGGCAGAAGGUGCAUCCGGGCAAAGGCUCACACGACCAGAACCAGAACUUGCCAGAACAGGUCACCCUGGUGCCCGCCCUCGACACCCUCAGCAUCUAAAAAGCCAAUCGCCCAAGGAAUGAAUGAAUGAAUAAUAAGUGCACUCGCGCAAGUGUGGAAAAAGAAAACGGCUGCUCUGA